UGUUGCUUCUGUUAGCUGACAACCUACACGCUUCAUUAUUGAGCAAGUGUGCUUUUUCUACAUCGUUCUUCCUGUGAGCUGACUUCUCUAUACGCUCCACUACUGAGCUUAGAGAGAGAGAGAGAGAGAUGGAGGCUCAAGGUGCCAUGGGCUCCCUCUUGACGAAGCUCGCUGAUCUGCUCGCCGACGAGUGUGGUCGUCUUAAAGGAGUCCGCCGCGAGAUCCGCUUCCUCCGGUCCGAGAUGAACAACAUGCAAGCACUGCUCCAGAAGUGCACCGCAAUGGAGCAUCCUGACAUCCAAGUGAAGGCCUGGACAAAGGAGGUGAGGGAGCUCGCAUACGACAUAGAGGACUGCGUGGACAAGUAUGUCCACAAAGUCGGCACCGGCGAGCACCAUGGCCUGGGAGGUAUCAAAGGGUUCUUACGCCAAUGCGCCUGGCGUCUGAAGACGCUGCGCGCUAAGCACCACAUCGCGAACCAGAUCCAAGAACUGAAGGCCCGUGUCAUCGAGGUGCGGGAGCGGCGUGAGAGAUACAAGCUUGAUGAUGUUGCUUCCAGUAGUUCCAGCAGUUUGCCGAGAGAUCCUCGCCUCUGCGCUCUUUUUGUGGAGGAGGAUCAUCUCGUAGGCAUUGAUGGACCAAGGGACGACCUAGUGAGCUGGCUAGUGGAGGGUGACACUGGGAGCAUAAGGCGUCGCAAGGUGCUGUCCAUCUUCGGCUUUGGCGGUUUGGGCAAGACCACACUUGCCAACGAGAUCCGCCGCAAGAUUGAAAAGCAGUUCGACUGUCAAGUUCUUGUUCCUGUUUCCCAGAAGCCGGAUUUCAAGAAAAUUCUCUGGGAUAUACUCCGUGGCAUAAAUAAGAAAGAUGAUGUUAUCAAAGAGACAGAAACAUGGGAUGAGAGAAGGCUUAUUGAAAAGAUCAGAGAAAUCCUACAGCAUAAGAGGUACUUAUAUGAUAUCUAAGCUCCUGCAUAUUGUCAUAUUAUGAGUAUAUCAAUCCUAACAUAUAUAACACCAGUGUUGUGAUAGCAAGGGCUGGUUUGCGUUUGUUGCAUUGUGCUGCAUAAGCUAGUUAGUUAUAUGAAUAUUUGCUACAGUGCUAAACCAGCAUUAUUAUGACCCUUUUCUUUGCAUGACUGGAUUUGCCGUGGGACAUGGCUGACUAAAGCAUGUGCUUCCAAACUAUUUUUAUAACAUAGGGUAUAAUAUCAUGUAUCAUCCCACAAAAUUUGAACCAAAAAAAGACAAAUUUCAUUAUUGGUU